AUUUAAUUGAAUGUCAACGAGAACUAGGAAAGUUUAUACUAAGGAAACCCCCGAUUUCUUUGGAGCUUGGAGUCUUCAUAAGUCGUGAGAGAGGAGAAUCUCUAAUCUGCCUCAGAGGUAUAGGAAGAAGUGCAGAAGAGAGCCUUCUUGUGAGGAUUCAGAUAAUAUUUAUAAUUAUAAGGUGGCUUCUGGGUUGAAAAAGAAAAGAGUCAAUAAAUCUCACAGAAAUGGGAUGAUAACUAUAGCACCACCUCGUUAUUCUGGAAUAAGCUACAAGGAGAAGAUCUACAAAUUUGAAAAGGAUAAUUUUAGUAUUCCUGAAAGACAAGAGAAAGUCAUGGAUAUAUUCAUGGCAGUCACUGAAACUUGCCCCAGCACGAUUCGGAGGAGUUCUCAUACCCCAAAAUACAGAAGAAUGCCCUCAAAAGUUAAAGAUUUCAGCAAGCCUAAUGAUUGAUAUUCCAUAAAAACACAUUCAAGAAGAAGGAAGAGUAGGACUUCUAACAAAGUUAAUGCUUCUAAGACAGUAAAUAAUUCAGCCUCUCUGCAAACAAAAAGAAGAACUGGGAUGCUAGGCUCCUUACCCCAAGCUCCAGUCUUGAAGCCUUCUAAGAUUAAAGUAGUAAAGAAAGAUAAAACAGCUAAGAAAAUAUGCCUGAAUUUUGGAGGAUCCAAGAAAUCUAUUACAGAUAAUUCCUCUGAAAAAUCUUCAUUGGAAGUCUCGCUGCAGCCUUCUUCAAAACCAUCUAUUGAAGAUGACUUCCCAGAAUCCUCCACUGUGGAGGAUGAUCUGGUGAAAGCGUCUUGCUUUAGACAGAUCACUGACAACAAGUGCUCUCUUGAGAGCACCAUUGUGCAUGAGAAGCCCAAUAAGGUGCUUGAGUGUAUAAACAGAGCAAAUAGACUUUUGAACAAUGAGUUCACUAAGAGACAAGUACAGAAUAUCAAAAAUGGGAGACUUCUAUCAUUAACUGAAAAGAUACCUCCUUCAGGAAAUAGUAAGCCCUCUAAACUGAACCACUCCUUCACUCAGAAAAGAAAUAAAUCAAAGAAAUGAAAGAAGAGGCAAACCUCUAGUAAAUAUCUAAAGAAAAGAGGAAGCAAAAAAUCAACGCUCCAGAAGAAGUCUCUCCUUGUUGGAACUAAGAAUCAUGAGAAAGUGUCCACCAGCUCAGCUGCCCCAGAUUCUGAAUUCACGAUCACUAAGGUUAACAGACAAGCUUAUCAAGGCUUUGUGACUGAUGACCAACCUUCUGAUAUCAGCUUUUGAAUGGAAGAGGAAUCUGAAGAGGCCACUAAGUGUCCUGAAUGCAAGAGAUUUUUUAUGGCCCACCAAAUGAAAGAGCAUAUCAAGUUAUGCCAGAGAGUGUUUUAG